AUGGCCGUUGGCAAUGGUGGCGGUGGAAGAAUCCUGAUGCUUCAUGGGUUCGUUCAGUCGGGCAAGAUCUUCUCUUCCAAGACAGGUGGAUUGCGUAAAAGCUUGAAGAGAUUAGGCUACGAACUAUACUAUCCAACAGGACCCAUAAGAGUGAAUAAGGAGGCUAUAGCGAAGCUGCAUGGCUGGCCGGAGCAAGAUGGCAAGAAGGAUCUCAGUCUCGCCUCUCAGUUCGACAGCUCAGACUCUGUGGAUCAGAUAUACGGUUGGUACCUGCGAGAAGGCCCAGAUCUCAAAGAGUUCAACAUAGAAGAACGUACACUGGAUUACUUACAUGACUACGUUGUCGAAAAUGGCCCAUUCGAUGGCGUAAUGGGCUUCAGCCAAGGAGCCGGCUUGGCCGGCUACUUGCUCACCAACUUCAAUCAGCUCCUGAACCUCUCUGAAGAACAGCAGCCUAAGCUGAAGUUUUUUGUUAGCUUCAGCGGGUUCAAGUUCGAAGCUGACCAGUUCCAGCAAUCAUAUGGCGAUAAACCCAUGGCGAUUCCCUCUUUGCAUCUGCAGGGCGAACUAGACACAGUUGUCAGCGAGGAAAGAUCGAUGAAGUUGUACAAUUGCUUUGAUGCAGCAACUAGACAUCUUAUUAAACACCCUGGAGGACAUUUCGUACCCAAUUCAAAGAACGUUGUAACUCACGUCACCAAUUGGAUCCAGAACAUUGAAUCUACCAAGAGCAGACCUACUCUCGAGAGAACAUCUCCCAAGCCCGAUGGUCCAGAACUAGACGACGAUCUGAUGGAUAUGAUCAAUUCCAUGGGAAAGAUAUAG